CCCAUAGACUUCAAAAACGAAGACAGUUGAGGCCACCAUCCAUUGCAAGCAGAUAAGGAUCAACAUCAAGAGAAGGAAUUAAACUCAAAUAUAUAGCGCAUGCCCUGAGUUGAUUGAAGAGAUCUGCAGCCAAAACUAUACAGAAAAACAGGAAAGGGGAAAAAUCAUGUAUUGGUUGGGAGAUCAAGGGGUGAUCAUCACCCUUCCCAGCCUUGUUUGCCUAUUCGUGAUUCUCUCAACUUUCAUCAUCAACAUCCUUCGCAAACAAUGGUGGACUCCGACUCGCUUACAGAAUCUGAUGGCUUUGCAAGGAAUCAAAGGUCCUUCUUACAGGCUUAUUCAUGGAAACACCAAAGAAGUUUCCAACAUGAAAAAGAAAAGGAGCAGCAGUACAGCCAGUUGUACUCCCUAUACUACUUUGUUCUCGCACAACACAUUUUCUCAAGUUCAACCUCAUAUUCAAUCAUGGACCAAGACAUAUGGGAAGAAUUAUCUUCAAUGGAAUGGUCGUCAACCUCAGUUGGUAAUUACGGAACCUGAGUUGUGCAAAGAGAUACUAGAAAACAGAGAUGGAGUAUUUUUAAAGCCGAUGCCCCCCAGCAAUAUAAUGAAGCUAAAAGGAGAAGGUCUCCCAAGAUCAGUAGGUCCAAAAUGGGAAAAGUUAAGAAAGCUGGCAAACCAUGCCUACCAUGGAGAGAGCUUAAAGAGUAUGACUCCAGCAAUGAUAGUUAGUACUGAAACAAUGCUAGAAAGGUGGGGAUAUUAUGAAGGCAAAGAGAUUGAUGUGUUUGAAGAAUUUAAGUUGUUGACAUCAGAAGUGCUUUCGAGGACAGCAUUUGGCAGUAGCUACUUAGAAGGAUUAAGCAAUUUUGAGAAGACAAUAAAGUUAUUCUCCUAUAUGUACAAGAGCUCUUUCAAACUCAGGCUUCCGGGCAUCAGUAAGAUUUUCAAAACCAGCGAUGAGGUCAAAUCAGAGAAGCUUGAAAAAGAAAUAUGCGAAACCCUACUAGAUAUUGUUAAGAAACGAGAAAAGAAGGCAAUGACAACUGGAGGAGAAGAUAACAACUUUGGGAGUGAUUUGUUUGGAUUUCUGUUAAAGACUUGUCAUGAUUCGAGUGACAAAAACAGGAUUUCACUUGAGGAUUUGGUGAACGAGUGCAAGACGUUUUGCUUUGCCGGACAAGAAACCUUAUCUCUUCUUACUUGGACUAUUUUCCUUCUUGCACUCCAUACGGAUUGGCAAGAGGAAGCCAGAAAGGAGGUCCUAGAAGUAUUUGGCAAACAAGCUCCAAAUCCUAAUGACAUUUUCAAGCUAAAAACUAUGAGCAUGAUCAUCAACGAGUCUCUAAGAUUAUAUCCUCCCCUUCUUUCCCUAGUAAGGAAGGUUGAUAAGGAAGUUAGAGUAGGAAACCUUAUUGUCCCUGCUGAUGUUGAAUUGCUCAUCCCAAACCUAGCAUUCCACCAUGAGCCACAACUUUGGGGGCAAAAUGUACAACUAUUCAAACCGGAGAGGUUCUCAAAAGGGGUUGCUGAAGCUACAAGGAACAACAGAGCCGCAUUCUUACCCUUUGGAAUGGGGUCUCGAACUUGUGUGGGCUUCAACUUUGCGACAACAGAGGCAAAGAUUGUUGUGUCAAUGAUUCUACAACGCCACACCAUCACCAUUUCCCCGACCUAUGUUCAUUCGCCUCGCGAUUUUAUUACAGUUCAACCAGAACAUGGUGUUCAAGUAGUCCUGCACUCACUAUGAAAUGUAAAUUGUAAUUAAAUUAGGAGAUUCAUGUAAUAUAUUUGUAAUUGAAUUAGUAGAUCGAUUACAUAGAAUUACUUACCUAGUUAGUAUCUCUACCCAACCUUUAUCUUUGAUUUCAAUUUAUAUUGUUUGCUGCUAUAUAUAUAUGUACUUACUGUGUUAUAGGAUUGCAAUGAUUUACGCAUCCUAACUCAAGAUCAUAAUAAAUAUCAAUCAUAUAU